CGCGCUUUCGUUCUGAUCGGACGUGUUUCUACGCUUUUUCAAUUUUUUAAUAUUUAUUAAUAUUUUUGUUACCUGUCAACUGUGCGUUUAAUUACUCAUCGCUAAUUGAUUGAGAUAUUUUACAACUUUAAAAUUUCUAUUUUUAAAUAAAAGUGGAUUGAUUUUUUUUAUUUUUUGAACCAAGUGAUACAGUUUUGUUUGAGUGAAUUUUUACAAAAUUUUAUAUUAUUUUGUAUUGAAUUUUUUUGUCAAAAAAAAACAAAAUAUUCAAACCGCUAUACGGAGUAGACAAAGUGGAUCUCGGUAUUAGCGCGAAGUCGCGCUUUACACAACAAUUAACAAUUGAUGUUAUAAGAAGACAAAUUAUGGUGGCAGAGUUCAUUGCCCGCCAGAGUGGAUCGCCCAUAAACGGUGAAACCGCUUGUCUUAACAGCAACAUGCCAGCGAGCCACACAAUGGCCCAUCCCGGACAGGGGUCACAUGGAGGGCACGAGGCCCACGGGCCAAUGCCACCUCUAACCCACCCGGGGCACCACGUCAGCCAGCACCAACACCAGCACCAACAGCACCACCAGCAGCAGCACCACCAGCAGUCCCAACAGCAACAGGUCUCCCAGCACCAGCACCAGGCGCAGCAACAACAGCAGCAGCAGCAGCAGACGCAGGCCCAGGAGCAGCACCAUCAUGACCAACAGGUGAUACAUCCCGAGAACUAUUCCCCGAAUUUUGACAUCAGAAAGGAACUAUUCUCACAGCGCAAACAAAGGGAGUUCAUUCCUGACAACAAGAAGGAUGACAGCUACUGGGACCGCCGCAGACGGAACAACGAGGCCGCCAAGCGGUCCCGAGAAAAGCGCCGCUUCAACGACAUGGUCCUGGAGCAGCGCGUGAUGGAGCUCAGCAAGGAGAACCACAUCCUCAAGGCCCAGCUGGACGCCAUCAGGGACAAGUACGGGAUCUGCGGGGAGACAGUUAUCAGCCCGGAGCACGUCCUCGCAGCUCUUCCCUCCGAGCCGGCCAUGAGCGUCAAGCGCGCUAAACUUCCACCAUCGGCAGCGCUCCUCUACGCCAGGUCGCCGAGUCCCGUCCACACGUCUGUGAUUCACCAACCAGUAAGUGGCACAAGAUCCCCCAGAUCACCAGCACAGCUCUAUGUCCCAGAGACCAGUGCCUAUCCCGAGACCGAGACCUUCCAGUAUCCUUACCCUCACCCCGCUAUCCACUUUGACACAACUAGCGCCCUCAAUCUGUCGUCCAGGGGCCGACGGGCCCAGUCACCCUACGAACUCUCCUCUGGCAGCGGCGACGAGGGCGCGACAAUCGUUGUCUCCCACAAUCCUGCUGCGAACAACAGCCUACCACACAAACUUAGGCAUAAGUCUCGCAUUGGGGACAAAGACGCUGCUAGCGCCCUCCUGGCGUUGCACGGGAUUAAGCAGGAACCUGGUCCCAGAGCAUCUCCGCCCUGGGACAAUGAAGGAUCCAGCGACGAACGCGAUUCCGGUAUUUCACUAGGUGCUGAGUGGAAUGGCUCCAGCAUCUCCGCAGUGCCUGAAACGGAAACUGAGGUCAAAUCUAGGCUUGACAGACUUGCUUCUGAAGUAGCUUCGCUUCAGAGUAUUCUUCGUCUUGGUAAAGCAAAUGGCGAUCAUCUGCCUCAACAAGUUACCAACCACUCCGGCAGUACCAACAUUACCAGCAGCACUGGCCCUGCCAAUGGGUUACAAUGAGACACUCCAAGUGUCGCUGCUUGUCGUGCCAAGAUAUGUGCUUCGUGUUAUAUUUAGAUUUUUUUUAAAUCAACCGCCUGAUAUUUUUUAAGAAUUUGUUUUUCGGUUUGGAACUUUUUUAUUUUUCAAUAACAGCAGUGCUGAAAAAUUUAUAUUUGUAAUUUAUAUUGUAAUUAUUAUUUUAUGUUAAAGUACUGUAAUGGCUGUUUUUAUUGUUGCGAUUAUGCAUUAUUAGACAUUUUCAUUUGAUAAGUAAAUUAUAUGGUAGUCUUUAGAAUUUAUUAUUAUAUUAUUUUUAUCUUUAGAUCCAGUUAUAAUAACCACUGUUAUUCUCAUUAUUAUUAUUAAUAUUAUUUUAUUAUUAUAUUUCAUUAUUAUUAUUGUAUUUUGUUUAUUAAAAUCCGCGAAAUUGGUAAAGAAGAUUAUCGCGCAACCGGCUCCCACCACCGCCAGAAAUAGAAAAGCGAGUAAUUAUUGAUGUGUAUAAAUGAAACAAAACAGGAACAAAAUUAUCUCGCAAACCAAAUUAAACAAUGAAUUUUAAGAUUGAUAUCUCCGUGUUGUAAAUAUAUGUCAAUGGCUUAUAAAUGUGAAUAUAUAUAUAUUUUAAUAUAAUAAAAUUAUUUUCCAUUCAUAA